AAUUCAGGCUUCAUUUAUUUAUUGCGUUACUUCAUGUCUUUGAACGCGUGUGUUUGUUCGUAGUUCCGUGAAAUGAAGGAUUUAAUAAGAAAGGUGCGUUAGGACGUGGGAGCGACGCUACAGAAAUGUGUGCUCUGUUGCUUGAUGUAUAAAGAUAAACGGAAGCCUGGAGGAUCAGCAGAGAUACAAUUAUAAAACAUUACAGUAUUUAUUAAGAUAUUCCUGCGUUUAUUCGGUACAAACAGCCGGCUGAAGCACUGCUCUGUGAGCACACGCACACCAAACCAUCUGAAACAAACGAGGCGCAGCGGUUCAAUUACUGAAGGUAGCAGGACCAAAUCAGGAACUAAUCCUGGGUUCAGUGUGUACAGCACAAAUUCCAGUGUGCAAAAAACUGAGUAUACCAAAAAUUGCCUGGCAACAGCUGAGAUGAAACCUGAUGGUGUUGCCACAACGCCGGCUGACCCAACAGAAGUUGUUGUGGAGCCUGAGAAUGACACAGGAUCUAAUGGCCAGCCCCAAUUAGAUCAGAGUCCACCUUCACAGCCUGAAAAUUCAGAAAAUGUACAAACAGUAGAAAACUCUACAGCUGCACUUUCUCAGAAUGAGUUUAAUGGAAAGAUGCUGGAUCCGAAAACCAAGACCAAAGUCCCAGGAAAAACAAAGCCAAGUACAGUCGGCACUAAAGCAUCAAAUGCAUCAGGUGUAGCCUCUCGCCCUGCUACUGCUCAGGGUCGAGUGCCCAAUGGUGUUGCGAAGGCAGCUUCAAACAGUUUAGCCAAAAAACCUGUAGCUGUAACAUCAGAUACCAAGAAAACUACCUCUUUUGGAGUGGGUGCCCAGCCCAAGAAAGGUCCCACUGCUUCAGCCGUAGAACCAAGGACCCAGGUGAAGGCAGCUGAACGGAAACCUGUUUGGGCUGCUAAACCAGCAGUGACCUCUGCGAAUGGUUGGACGAGACCACAAACAGCUUCCACCGUGCAAUCUGCAGCAAGCAAAAAGCCACCUUCAACAGUCAAGCCCAAGACAACAGCAUCAAGGCCGGCUACGGCACCCACUGCCAAACUCGGUGUUUCAGCUGCCCCAAAAGCUGCUCCUGUUUCCAAAGCAACCAGGCCUACCACAGCACCUGCUUCUCGGUCUACCACUUCCAUAAUUCCAAGUAGAUCAGCCACCUCUGUUACUAAAUCUUCUGUCCCAAAAACGACCAUCACUGCUUCAUCUGCUGUCCUUUCUGCAUCAUCACAGUCCUCCAAGGUCUCAACUGUAGGAGCUAGAAAAGAUAUCAAAACUUCCACAAGUGCACCGGUCAGAAAACCGCUUGCCUCCACCACCACUCGUCCUACAGCUAUAAAGACCUCAAAACCUGAACCCCCAAAACCUGGUGUGGCUGCCAAACGACUGCCCACAGAACCCAAAACUUCUCAAACGAAAGCCGAUGAAACUAGGCAUGUGCCAACAAGGAAGGUUCAGCCAAGUCCCCGAAACACACCCACACGCCCAACAGCAAGGAACCAGCAACAAGGGGGUACUACCCCAGUCCUGAAGCGACAGACUAUUAAACCAACACAGUCUGUUUCACCAUUAGUCAUUAAGGAGAAGUCUGUUAAGGAUUCUACAUCAGUGUGUGCGGAACCCUCUGUAGAUUUAGCAAGCGUAACAUCCGUUGCAACAGCUGAAGUCACAGUACCUGCAGAAUCUGUUCCAGAAGUGCUAGUUCCUUUAGCAGUAGAGCUAGAACAACCAGAUCAACACACUAGUGAACCUGUGGAAGUUCAGAGAGAUGAAGGUGUCCCUGAUUCUAAUCCUUCCAACAUGGAUAUCAAUUUUGCUAUGGAACAAGCCAUCACGAAUGCAUUAGCAACAGAAACAGUAGCUGAAGAGCCCAAUGUUGUAUCAUCUAGUCCUACAGCUGUUAGCCCUGAACCAGAAUCCAAAAAAGCUAAUGACUGUUUUUUGAAUGAAGCUCCAACGGCACACAAAACGUCUCAAGAACCUGUGAUUGCCUCACCAUCUGAAGUUUUAGUUGCUGCCAAAAUGUCCCCUAAAGGGUUAGAGGUUGCUGAAAAAUCCGAGCAAAUUAUUCACAGUGUUGAUGAUGAAGAGGAGGAGGAAAAGGAAUGCAGUCAGCAGGUGUCCGUGUCAGACAUGAGUGGUACACAGCCCACUGAGGAAUCCAGGCCUGGUUCAGCUGGCUUUGCUGGCUCAGUAUGGCGUGCAGGUGGCCUGCUCUCAGAACUUGACUCUGAGGAUGUUAGUUGCAGCCAGCAGGGGGCUUCAGAGCUUAGUGCUCCUGGUGUCCUAGAGGGCACUGAAAGUAUGGAUGAUCUAGGUGAGGCUAGCCUAAAAGGUGCUGAUGGUGAUGGUGCAUCAGUUGGAUCUCCAGAUCUUGAGAAGGUUCCUGAUAUCCCCACCAAUGAAGAUGAUGAUGAUCAUGUUUGUGACAUGGACGUGGGGUCAGAAUUGGCAGACGAUUCACACAAGCACGGUCAUGAUAACGAUGACGAUGAUGAUGUGGAAAUGGCCAGUGAGGGAAUUACUGAAAGUGGUCUUGAGAGUUAUGGAAAUGCAGAUGAGGAUGACUUUGCAGAAGACUACAGACUGGACAACCUGAACCGUAUGCAGCCUUUAUCCACUGUACCUUCUGCAGGCCCAUGGGGUCAGGCAAACACUUCCCCUGACCCCUGUAUGCAGCCUUUAUCCACUGUACCCUCUGCAGCUCCAUGGGGUCAGGCAAAUGCAUCUCCUGACCCCUGUAUGCAGCCGUUAUCCACUGUAACUUUUGCAGCCCCAUGUGGUCAGGCAAAUACUUCUCCUGACCCCUGUAUGAAGUCACCACAACCAGACCCUACCUUACUCUCUGGUCCAUCCUCUAAUCCAUGGCAAACAGAUUCUGAAUCACCCACCCAAGAACCUGCACAAACUCUGCUUGGUGUUGAAAGUGCCAAUGAAGCCCCAUCCUCACCUGACCUUCCUGGGGAGCCCGCACCAAGAUCGCCUCAAUCUACUUUAAUGCACGAGUUGGAUCCCUGCCUUAAACAAGAUUUGACAUUUCAUUCCCAAGCCAUGAGCCCAUCAAGCACCCUGCAUGGUAACAAAAGCAUGCCCGAGGAGCUAGAAGAUUUCAAUGUAUGCUCUGAAAUAAACCCUGUUUCUGUUCUGCCAGACAUCGCGCAAGAUCUGGAUAGUCAUCUUGAUCAAGAUGAAGUGGAGGAACCUGAAACUUUACCUGCAGAUGACAAGAUAGCUUGUCUCACAACUGCACAGACAUCUGUGCCAUCUUCACCUUUGUUAACUACAGGUGACAAGGCUAGUGACACCGAAGGAGAGAUGCCGAUCAGUAAACCUAAUAUAGAAACUGGUUCCACAGGAAAUGGAUGCUUAAAUAGUAAGGAAGAUAUCCACCACCUGUCUGCUUCGGGUGAGUGCGAGGAGGCCUGUGUCGAGUUAGAGGGUGGGGGUGGUAGCGACACUCCUCAGUCUGCUACCUCAGGUGCUUCCUAUGGUUUCAACUCCAAUGCCCACUCUAGCACAGAGAGCUGUACCAAGAGUCCAGGCAUUUUCUCUCUUGAGAAUGAAGAGCAGCUUCCAGAUGAGGCCAAAGAUCCUUCCUUGAUUAAGGAGCUCACCCUUGCUUCUACAGAUGAUGUGCUUGAUCCUGUUCAACAAAGUGAAAACCAACUAAACACUGAGCAGCAGUACAUGCUCUGCGGGAAAGUCAGUGACGAGUUACCAGAGUCUUCCAUAUUGGGGGCCGCGCUGCCUGCUGAGACAGGCUUGAAUAGCAUUUUUUCCUCACAGCACCAGGAAGACUGGGAUCUUGAUGCACCCCAUCCGUACUUCUCGACAAUUUCUGAUAAGACUGAUACCUCCUUGCCAGGUAUGGUAAGGCCACCCAAGCACCAUAAUAGGCCACGUGUGGAUCAUGUGAUCCAUGUCCCACAUUUGUCUACAGACGUACCUCCAAGAAUGCCAAGUCUGAGCGGGAAUGCCCAACUUAUCCGACUGGAACAUCAUCAGCAGCAGCUCCAAGUGAUUAAUCAGAGACGGGAACAACAAAGCAAAUGGGCCAAAGGACCUGAGGGGUGUGUACAAGGGGAUGAAAAUAAGGUUGAAAAAAACAGGUUGGAAAAGGAAGAUAAUAAACAGGAGGAGGAAAAUAAGUUGGAGAAGCAGAAAAGAGACCUGCUCCAGCUACAAAUUCAACAGCAGCAGCAAGAGUUGAAGCAGAGGCAGCAGAUCAUUCAAUGGCAAGAGGAGCUGAAACAACAAAGCAAGCUGCACAAUAGACCUAACAAUGCUAUGACCACAGUACUGUCACCCUCUGGACUUGGUACUAUCUAUGAGACACUGGAGACCAGUGAUUCGGAAGAAAACUAUGAAAAUGAAGGUAGCGUAGACAUUAUGAUAGAAAAAAAAAUGAAACAUGAAAACUUCCCCAAAGAGACGUGCCUAAUAACAAACCCCACCAACACCAGUCCUCCGAUAGAUGACACAGACUCUCCAUACUCUGAAAGCACAGCAUCAUCUCCUGAACUUACAGAAAAACAAGAAAGGCUAACCUAUUCUAGUGCAACCAACAGCCCUCCUCUUUUGAAAUCCAACCCCCCACAAUGUCCCUUUCCAUUGGAGGUGCACUGGGGGAAAAGACCUGAUCUUGUUCAGCAGCUGAUUAACCAGACAUUGCUGGUGACUGGAAGCAACUGCUCCCCAUGUUUGCUUCUCCCUGAAGGGGCUGCUGGGACACUUAGCCCGCUGGAGACAAGGCUUUGGCCCAACCUGGCCCCACUUAGCCCUUCUUCUGCCACAGUGACAUCUGUUAGCAGCUUCUCACCUGAGAUUUCAGGUAGCUCGUCACAAGGGGAAUGGACAGUGGUGGAGCUGGAAACACAUCAUUAGUUCUGUAUUCACACU